GAUCGGAGCUUGGAGCCGAAAGGCACUGGUUAUCGGACCCCGAGAGCUCGAUCUGGAGAAGUCUAUUCGGCGAAGAUGAACUCCAGAACAACAUCUGGCUUCUUCUCACUGCUGUUCUUCCGCUGACGGCGCCGACCCAUAGCUCUCCCUCUGCCAUCCGCGCUACGAGUACUGCGGCUCUCCCCCCAACCAGAAUUAGGCCCCGCGCUACCCAGCCACCGACAAUGGCUGAAGCUCAGGCGCACAGGACCGUAAGCGUGGGCGGCCACGAUAUCGGGUACCCGCACGGCCAUUUGGGGUAUCUUACCCAGGAGGAGGAGAACUCCCUUGAGUCUUUCAAAGUUUUCUUACAGGAAAAGGGCCUGUACACGCGCGGUCCGCCGGCUUCGCACGACGACCAGACUCUGCUGCGCUUUUUGCGGGCACGGAGAUGGAUCGUCAAAGACGCCUACGGGCAGUUCAAGGACACCGAGGAAUGGCGGCAAGCAAACCAGCUCGAGGUCCUCUACGACACAAUUGAUGUGGAUGCAUAUGAGCAGACUAGGCGCUUGUAUCCUCAAUGGACAGGGAGGAGAGACAGGAGAGGCAUCCCGCUCUACCUAUUCCAGAUCAGACACCUCGACUCUAAAACCGUCUCGACGUACGAGAAGUCCGCCGAGUCCACCAACGCGAGCAAAGCGCAAACCGACGGCUCAACCCCGCAACGCCUCCUCCGCCUCUUUGCCCUCUACGAGAACCUCACCCGCUUCGCGCAGCCGCUCUGCACCGAGAUGAUGGAUCGCGAGCACCCGCGCACGCCCAUCACGCUCAGCACCAACAUCGUUGACGUCUCGCAAGUCUCGCUGCGCAUGUUCUGGAACCUCAAGGCGCACAUGCAGGCCGCGUCGACGCUCGCCACGGCGCACUACCCGGAGACGCUCGACCGCAUCUUCAUCAUUGGCGCUCCCUACUUCUUCAGCACUGUCUGGGGCUGGAUCAAGCGCUGGUUCGACCCCAUCACUGUGUCCAAGAUUUUUAUUCUCAGCGCGAGCGAAGUCAAGACGACGCUCGAGGAGUUUAUCGAGCCGAGGAAUAUCCCCAAGCUGUACGGCGGCGAGCUGGAGUUUGAGUUUUUUGAUCGGCCUAAUUUGGAUCCCCAGAUCAAGGAGGUUUUGAUCUGGGAGAAUGGGUAUACGGAUUUUCCCGAGGGCCCGGCAUACUGGGUGCCGGUUGAUGGCGGGAAGAGGUUGGCUUGCAUCGCGGUGGGGAGCAAGGGUGGGAAGGAGCGGCGGGAGACGGUAUGCACGAUCCCGGUGGCGUUUCCGAAGGAGGGAGUGACUGCGCCAACGGAGACGGCUGUGUCCGCGCCCGCGCCCGCGGCGGAUGCUACUGUCCAGGAUGCUGUCGAGGGUGUGGAAAAGCUGUCCAUUGCCAACAAGGUCGCCAACGAGAUGGAAGAGAAAGUGGCCGUGAAGGCUCAGGAACCGCAGGCUGCGACGACCGCUACUUGAGCGGAGAGGCGAGGCCGGCGACGGUCGGAUAAUGCUUUGCAUAGAAGGGCACAUUGUAUUUGGCGCAACUUAUAUGCCUCCAGGUUGUUCUCUUUGGUUAGAAUUCGAGGCAAUCUCGAAAACCGGCUUACAGCUGUAACAUCAUGGAAGCGGUCGAAUCUCGUCGAGUUGUUAUCGCCGGGAAGGUAUUAUGAUUACCUCGCGAGGUAGUCUCGAUAUGAUCCAUCUUCAAUGCAAUCAUGUCCCGAAUCUGUCGUUUCCUUGUGUUACUUCAAAGCCCAUCAUGAUACGCCCGUCCCAAGCCGGUCUCACAACGCCAAACACCUCGCCAGAUCUACAUUCCGUCUAUACCAAUCAACAAACCCAACCGCAACACAAUUCAAUAUCAUCCCCUUCCCAAACCC